UUUUUAUUUUGAUUGAUAUCACGAGACUUUGUUCAUUUGUUCAUAGUUUGAUGCACUCAUAGAUUCAUAGAUUGCACAUGUUCGAUUGUAAUUCUGAAAGAGAAAAUUCACUAAUAUGUCAAUUAUAGAAAUAAGCAACCACUAAAUAGAUAUAAAACAUUGUUUCGUUGACUGUAAAAAUACUUCUAAGUUAAUGUCACCAAAAACUACAUUUAUUUAAAACAGUCUUAUCCCAUUUAUUCUGGCGUUAAAUCAAAACUUUGGUUUAACAUUAAUUGUGUUUGGUUGUUUUUUUUUUGUUUAACAAUUAUACGGGUUUUAAUUAUGCCGUUGUAAUUGUAAUCUGUCGCUGCAACACUGGAAUCAUGCCUGAAGGUCAGUUGAUGUGUACGCAGCUUAGAUGGGGGCUCGCAGGCGUGGGCAUGAUAGCUCACGAUUUCCUCACCGCCAUGGCGACGUUACCUGACGACAGACAUAAGGCUGUGGCAAUCGCUGGCAAAGACAUCGACCGCGUUAGCAGAUUAGCGACGCUUCACCACAUCACCACCUCUCAUGAAAGCUACGAUGCGUUGGCGCACGAUAAUGAUGUCGACAUUGUUUUCGUCAGUGUUUUGAAUUUGCAACACUAUGAAGUAACUAAGUUAAUGUUAGAAAAUGGCAAACAUGUGUUGUGUGAGAAGCCGCUGGGCAUGACUUACAAACAGGUUAAGUCCCUUGUGGAUUUAGCUCGCGAAAAGAAAUUGUUCCUUCUCGAGGGGAUGUGGUCGAGGUUCUUUCCUGCUUACGACGCUUUGGAUAAGCACAUAUCUUCUGGCGGGCUUGGGGACAUAUAUCACAUCAACAUUCAGUUCGGGGUCGAAAUUAACGAAAUUGAGAGGAACCUGAUGAAGGACUUGGGUGGCGGAGCCGUUUUAGACUUGGGAAUAUACAUGCUGCAGCUAGCACAGUUCGUUUAUAAACAACCACCUUUGGACGUGGUGUGCACUGGCCACAUAAGUAAAGCGGGUGUGGAUGAGUCUGCAUCUUGCUCGCUCAAAUACAAGGAGGGCAAAACGGCAACACUCUCGGCGCACACGAGAGCUGCUAUGACGAACAAGGCCGAAAUCAUCGGAACCAAAGGCAUCGUAGUACUAGAUUAUUUUUGGUGUCCUACUGUGUUACACAUAUCGGCAGCAAACAGCACCGAGUGGACGCUGCCCAAGGGAAAGUUUAAGUUUCACUUCCACAAUAGUGCCGGCUUAAGCUAUGAAAUACAGGAGUGCUUCGAUAGUAUUAGUCAAGGUUUAUUAGAAAGUCCAAAGAUGAGUUUAGACGAGUCUAUUCUUUUAGCGAAGUUAACAGAAACAAUGAGGGCACAACUAGGAGUCCUAGAAGAGGAGCAAUAAGUACACCCACCUAGAAAUUUACCUUAGGAUAAAGAAAAUUCAAUAAGUAUUAUUAUGUUCCAUCCGUGCAUUUAAGUUUAAGAGUUAACGUUGUCGUUUUAAAUAAUAGUUUAUGAGUUAUGGGAAAGUGCCAGCGAAGAACAAAUCCAUUUGUGAUAAUGAUGCCUUAAUUUGUAAUUUUCAGUCAGAUUUGAAAAUAUGCAGGAAGAUUUUAGAUUUUGUACCUAUUGCAACGCCUAUCAGUAGUGCCAUUCUGUUAAAAAAUACACCGCCUAAAGCAGCGUUGAACAUAGCACUGUCGCAUCAUAAUAGAUUAAUCAAAUAUUACUUGAAAAGGCAAAAGUAAUAAAGUUUUUAUUUGAUUGGAUCUCUGAAUGCUGUGACAGCAGCAACGCUGCAUUCGCCGAUGAAUUUUACAGAAUGGUUAUCAACACUCACAUUUAUCUCUUCUUCAAAAAUUGGUUUUAAACAAUGUAUUGUUAAAGUUCAAAACCGUUUGUGGAUAUUUCUAAUUUUAUUUUAUGCUUUACAGAAAACGGAAAACAUCAAACUAAACGUAAUCCUACUUCACUAAUAUUUCAACUGCUAGUUCAUUUAUAUUCUCGCAUAUAAUUCUUCCUAAUUAUAUAACCUUUAACCACUUUUAUUACAAACUAAAUAAGGUACAUCAUAUGUAUACUUAAGCCAAGCAUAUUUUUGAACUUGACUGCAGAAUUUCCUGCUUAAAUAUUCCUACUUAAAAAGUACAAUAUUUACCUCAACUAACUGUGAUCAUGAGAGUGUUGUGAAAAUGCUUGUUAAGAAAAUCUAAUAAAUAAAACGAAAUUAUAAAUAUAUAAAUGUUUUAUUUAAGUCCAUCAAUCAUUCAAAACUAUAUUAUAAAUAAAUUCAUACUGGAAUGUAACUGACGAAAUACUGUAUGAAUAAUCAAAAUGAAAUAGCUAUUCUCUCUAGAAUCUGUUAGAUUUUUAAAAUAAAAUAAUUAGGGAUGUACAUAGUAACGUAUGUGUUACCGUAAAGUUGUAAACGCCGUCAGUUUAUAAUCUGUCACGUUAGAUUAUAAACUGACGAUGCUUGCAAUUUUAUUGUAACAUAUUUAGAGAAAAUAUUUUUUAGAAAAUUAAAUUGUCUGAUAAAUACUUCAUAAAAUUAAAUUAAUUGAAAAAUAUUAGUAUCUGAUUUUUCAAAUAAAAUUUUGGUUACAGACAUUAUAAUAUAAUAUAAUAAUUAUAAUAGUAUGUAUAUAAUUAAACAAAAAUGAUUAAAUGCAAGCCAACAGUGUAACUGUAUCCCUAAAACACACAGACAAGAAUUCAACUAGUACAGCACUAUAUACAUUAAAAAUAUACAUAAAUACAAGAUAUGAAUACACUACACAAUAUUUCAUAAAUUCUUAGAGCCCGUAUAGGGUUGCCAAUCGUAUUAUAUUACUUAUGCGUAAGCAAUCUGUUAGCCUUUCUCAAUAUUUUUGUCGUGUGGGUAGAUAUGUUUUGCAUAUUCUUUUCUGAAAAAUACGAAUAUUUUUCUCUUCUGAAAAAAAUAUUGGCAAUCCUAGGCCCAUUUCACAUUGGCACAGGGCCCGCUCAAAUAACCUAUAGCCAUAAUCUAUUUCUACAACCGUUUUCCUAGACAACUCGGUUUCUAACCUAAUGUUAAGGCUGUUUACACCAACAAUCACAAUUGUAAUUGUUUGACAUAUUGAAAUGAUGUCUAAAGGAGCUGUAAUAACGACAUUAUAUUGAAAACUAGUGGACGCCCGCGACUUCGUCCGCGUGGAAGUCGGUAUCCC